CUGACUGCUGGCGCGCUUUUACGCGGAGCCUCUGAGCGCAUCAGUCUCCAGUCAUCAGUCUCCAGUAUGGCUCUCCGCUUCUUCCAGACCAUCCCUGCGGUUGUGCUGCUGAUACUGUCGAUAGUCGGGAUCAUCCUGCUGGUCCUUCCGGCUAAAGAGGUGGAGGCGCCUCCUGAGAACAUGUAUGGAAUCGUUCUGGAUGCAGGCUCCUCCCACACCUCCAUGUACAUCUACAAAUGGCCAGCUGACAAGCAAAAUGGCACCGGUAUCGUCACCCAGCACAGCGAGUGUCAUGCAAAAGGUGGAGGGAUAUCCAGCUAUGCAGGUGUUCGUGGUGGUGCAGCAGAAAGUCUGAAGGUGUGUCUGGAGCAAGCUGUGAAGGACAUCCCCAAAUCCAGACACCACCAAACUCCACUGUAUCUGGGAGCUACUGCAGGAAUGAGGCUCUUGAAAGCAGUCAACGCCACAGAGUCAGACCAGGUCCUGAAGGAAGUGAAACAAAAAAUGCGGUCUUACCCUUUCAGUUUCAAAGAGGCAACUAUCCUGAGUGGAUCGGCGGAGGGGGCGUACGGCUGGGUCACAGUCAAUUACUUAAAUGAAAACUUUGCGAAGUACGGUUUUUCUGGGCGUUGGCUGCACCCAGGCAGAGAGACAAUUGGAGCUUUGGAUUUAGGUGGAGCUUCCACUCAGAUUACCUUUGAGACCUCGGUAAAGGUGGAGGACAGUUCUGAAAUGAUGGAGCUGACGCUUUAUGGACAAGUUUACAGAGUGUACACCCACAGCUUCCUGUGCUACGGCCAAGACCAGUUCCUGAGGAGACUGACGGCUCAUCUCAUCAAGACUCAAGGUGUGAAUCCCCAAAUCUACCACCCCUGCUACCCAAAACAGUUCAACAUGUCUAUCAAGCUGGGGAAGGACGUCUUUAAUUCUCCGUGUACGCAGAGCUACAGACCGGCUCAGUUUGACCCCCAGAUGUCUGUGAUGGUGGUGGGCACAGGAGAUUACCACAGCUGCCAGGGCAAUGUCAAAAAGAUCUUCUCUUUUGACAACUGCUCUUACUCCAAGUGCUCCUUUGACAGAGUCUUCCAACCCAGCGUGAGAGGACGCUUCAUGGCGUUUUCUGCCUACUUCUUCACUCACAAGUACAUCAGCCAUCUCUCCAACAUCCCCAUCACAUCCCCAAGUCAGAUGGAAGCUGCAAUCCAACUGGUCUGCAACAUGACCAUCUCUGAGAUGACUGAAAAGACAAAGCAGCCAGAGAAAUACAUGAAGAAAGUCUGCGCCGUCUCCAAUUUCGUCCAGGUCCUCUUAACGCAGGGCUACGGUUUCAAUGAGCUCUCCUUUCCCUCCAUCUCUUUCCAGGAAAAGGCAGGAGGAGCGUCUGUGGGCUGGGCUUUGGGAUACAUGCUGAUACUGAGCAACAUGGUCCCAGCAGAGAGCUUUGUACUGAUGAAGGCUCUGCCCUCAGGGCCAUGGGCUGGCAUCCUCUUCCUCUUCAUCACCCUCCUCCUCUUUGGAGUGGGGUACCUGCUAAUAACCAUCAGAAACACAAGAAAUAAAGAAGGCAUGGUGUAAGAGCAAAGGUGGUUUACUUCUCAGUCCAAAUCAUGGUCCUCUUAGAGUCUGCUCACUCUCCUUUUAGAAACAACUGCUAGAACAUUUUAGAUUUUUUUUUUGAUGUCCCACAGUAUUUUCUUUUCAAAUUCACAAACUUUCUGCUUGUGGAGACUCACAGUGUGUCUCUAGAAUAAAUCAUGAUUUUUGUAAAUGUUACAGAUUCAUUAUGUCAUACUACAGACACUUACAAAGACUGCAUUAGGGAAUUACUUUGUUUUCUCCUUGUGAUAGAAACAACUCACACGUGCUUCAGAAGAGACCCAAGGCAAUGUUAACAAACACACCUUUCUUCAACUUGUGAGAGAUCAUGUAAAUUAUAAAGAAACAAAACACAAAUCAUUUACAUCAGCUGUGGUCUUUGUACCUGUGGAGGCAUUUUCAACUAUAUGUUUCUUAACUUUGACAUAUCUCAUCUGUGUUCACUGAGGCUAAGACAACAGGUGCUAGAGGUUCUACACUAAAGACAUUCAAAGCCACCAAACAACAUUGAUUAAACAUUUUGGAAUCCCGUUCUGGUCAUUAGAUAAAUAUGAGUGAUGAGUGACACAUUUAAAAUUAUUAAUAAGGAAAGGAGCUUCAGUGCUUCCUAUCUUAUCUCCUUCGGCAUAGGAAACACUGGACCUUCCUUUACAAAAGGAAGGAUGAAAAUGUCAUCCCACAAUUCCUUGCUGCACCAGCAGUUAAAAUGACACACCGUUGUAGUUUCACCACAGCAGACCCACAUAAGUAUAGAAACAACAGAGCAGCUGUUUUAAACUUAUGGAAAUCCUUGUAUGAUUGCCUGAGCUCCAAAUCCACAAAUGUAGAUUUAUUCUCUUUCCUGUUCGAAAUACAAAAUACUAUAUAGGCUACAUAAUGUAUAUGUAUCCACAAAAAAAUGAAUUUUCGCUACUUAACAAAUGUAUGAGAAAGAAGAUCAAAACUCUCUAUAGCCUACAUAUGUCUAAAUAUAGUUUAUUUUGGCAUCUUACUCAGUUUCUUAUUUCUAUUGAAUUAUUCAUUUGAUGGUUCAGCUCUUUCUGCUUGUACAUCUCUGCCAUGUUAUCU